AUGUCCGAGCGUGGACAAGCAUUCGUUGGGCGCGGCUGGGCCUGCCUUGCUCACGCCUCUCAACCGAGACGACGUGAUAGGCCUACGCGCCUCCAAAGCCAAUGCGCAGAAUCAACUCCACAACUUGACGCUCAUCCUGUGUCCGAAUCUGAUCCAAGGAAAUUUGUUCAUGCGACCGCACAAACUGUGCUUACCAAACCUCGUGUUUGCUGCCUCGCCCGUGUAAACGGUGGGGAAUGGCGAUCUUGCCCAUCCUCCGCGCUCCACAUACCACUUCAGGCCCGUUCGUGUUUCGACUUUUCUUCUGACAGGACAAGGAUCCUGUCGCAACGUGACAUGACUUUCGCAAUAAGAUGAAGGGAGUCCCUUCGUGUGUCGACUGUCUUUCAUCUUGCCUGGCACUAUUUGACGAUGAAACAGUUGCGUGUAACAAUCGGUUCGCGCUGGACACCGGAUUUCCUCCUCAGUCAAAGUGCCACGGAAAGCAAUAUCGAAGGAUCCACCUUCGAUAGUCCAGUGUUCGUCACACGAUUCGGAGUCAUGGUAUUUUGGUGAAAUCAGUGACAGUCGGAGCUCGAAACGAAAAUGUGGAUAGCAGUCCUUGCGCAAGCGCUGCUG